AUAUCAGAUCAUUUGUGGUUGUAGUUAAAUAUGCUGGAUCUGGAUCUGGGAAAAUCGUAGGGGUUACGAUUCGGCAGAGGAAGUGGCGGCCAACGCGCUUACGUAGGCGUGAAGCUAGCAAAGUGAUCAAAGGAAGGCUGGGCCAAGUGAUCAGAGAAGAACCCGGGGAGAAGUACCUCGUGUGAGGUGCCUAUUCUACCAAAACGCCGUCUCCGGCACCGCCGUCACGCUUAAGCGGUACAAUGUAUGGGCCCUUAUGGUAAACUGUCGGUUGAGACUUAUAUGUGUUUUCUUUGAGUUUCUCUUAUUAUCUUACAAUGAUAAUGUUAGAUACAUGUCUUUUUUGUUGGUCAGUUCAUUUUAUUAUUGUUCAUUUUAUUAUUGGCCGUAUUAGUCUGUGCUACCAACCAUUUUCUUCUUCUUUGUUCAAUCGGCCCCGCCUUCCUCUGAUCACUCCGCCAGCUUCGCGCCUUCGUAAGCGCGUUGGCCGCCACUUCCUCUGCCAAAUCACAACCCCUCCGCUUUUCCCAGAUCCAGAUCCAGCAUAUUCAACUGCAGCCACAAAUGAUCUGAUAUUUUAUCCGUUUCUUGUAUUAUUAUAGUCUGUGAGAGUGCCACGUUUUCGCAUAUUUUAAGGUCACACAAAAUUAUUUCCGCAAACACAUUUUUUUUUUUACCGCAGAAACGAUUUAAUCGAAGAAGAUUAAUAGAUAAAAGUUAUUAAAGAUGUAUGAGAGAUAAGAAAUGUGUAAAUAUCACUAUCUUAUUUUAAUUUGAUUUGUGCGACGUUUUGAAUUUUAGAAAUUUUUUUUCCACCACUGUGAUAAAUUGCCAUCAGCUUUAGUACUAGUGGGUUUGAAAAUUAAAAACUUGUUUACCUACUUUUUUUCGUUUUCAGUUUUUAAAAACAUGAAAUUGAAACUAAAUGCUGAAAGUUAUUUUUUAUGAACUUUCAAUAUCUGGCUUUCAUUUUUCUGUUAUCUUGAGAACAAAAUCAAAAGUCUUGGCUGCCCAUCUGCUGGGCAUGCCUGCCGGUAGAGCAACUGAGCAAGGUGUGAAAAUCUGGCCAGUUCUCCGAAGAAAUUGUGCCCUUAACCCUUCAUCAAAAUAUGUAGGAAAAAAGUUGCCAAACCUUUUCUCCAUACAUGCAGAAAUGGACGGUUAGUUUUGCUUAUGCGGAAGAACAGGAAUUUCAGGUUUUGAGCUUCAUCCGUAACUAUUUGAAUGGUGUUUUUCGAAUCGUUUCAUUGGGGUUUCGCUCAAAUUUACGUUUUAAGCAAAUAAAGCUGGCAGAGAUCUAGGCGAUACCAUUACCAAGUAACCAAGGAACAAACUUAGCUUGUGGUUGUGGGCAAGAUACCUAACUUCCUAGCCAUUUAGGUUAGGAAUCUUGUCAAACAACAUAUUCAUCUGCUACAUUAUGUCUGUGUAUAUAUCAUAUCUCAUAUGGUUUAGAACUUUCGAUGUCUUACAAUAUUGAUUCAAUGUUCAAAUGACUUUGGUUAUUUGCCCUACCGGGGCCAUUGUUCACAAAAAUUUGAAGAAAACAGCAUCUUCUUGUAAUGUUUUUGGCAAUUUUUAUCCACCAAGUUGUGAUCAUCGACAACCUAGUAUUCAUGAGAGCAUCUUUCCAAAAUCAAAGAAGAGAGACUUCUUGUUAGUGCCAGUCAGUUCUGCUAGAAACUCAGGAGGAUUACCAGGGGAUCAUCAGGGAGCCGAGGAUCCACGAGCUCUGGAAACAGUCCUCAAACUCUACACCGCUAUCAAGAACAAAAACAUUCGCGAGUUGUCUGAGAUUAUAGGAGAUGAAUGCCAAUGUGUAUGCAAUUUAUUCUCAGUCAUCCAACCCCUCCGAGGAAAGAAGCAAGUGAUGGAUUUUUUCUCAUAUCUAAUCCGAAGCUUGGGAAGUAACAUCGAAUUUGUUAUAACGCCGACGUUGCACCAUGGAAUGAACGUCGGUGUUCAGUGGAGCUUAGAGUGGAACAAAACGCAUGUGCCUCUGGGAAAGGGCUUUAGCUUCCAUAUAUGCCAAAUCUAUAAAGGGAAGGUCAUCAUAAGAAAUGUGGAGAUGUUUAUGGAACCACUCCUCCAUAUUGAACCCCUCAGACUGAAAAUAAUGGGAAUUAUGGCGGGUUUAAUGGAAAAGAUGGGUUCCAAUUCAAUGUUCAAGGGUAAAGCAAACGGAAUUCUGUGGGUUUUACUCUUUCUGUUCAUCAAGGCUGCCUUUUUAAUCUUUUUCAAACUUAUCUUGGAUUAAGUCAUACCCACGAGAGAAACUAACCUACAGCGGGGGUGUCGUUGCCCUUAUAUCUCAAGUCAAUCGCACUGUCGUACCUUUCAUAUAAUUGUUUUGAAAUUGCAAAACUUCGGUGUCUUUUGAUUUCACAUACCACCUUUAAGUAAUUUCAGAAUUUGCAAUAGCAAAAAUUGGUUAUACGUCCAAGUCUUUCUUCAAGAAUGGGAUGCACUGUACUGGCAGUGAAACUAAAAUCCAAAAACUUUGCAGUUACACUUUAGGUCACCCCGUGACAAGGGUGGGAUUGACCCAAAACACAGGGUGGCCGGCCUUGGGCAGCCAUUGACGGCUGACAUUGCGCGUGAUGGAACACAACAUUUUCUUUCCGACUGAUCGGUAGUUUCAAAGUAUUAUCCAAUUUGAAUUUUCUGAAAUAUAUGUAUCACCACGAAGGGCAGAAUGCUAAAAAAAAUCGAAGUUAAAAUAAGAAUUUACUGCGAUGUAAGAAGAUACACAAGUUGCAGUUAAAACUAACAUUUACUGCCA